CCAAUGGCUGCCGCCGUCACAACGCGAAUCUCUUGAAGCUGUGCGGUUUGUAGUAUCUCUUUCUUCCUAAAGUUUCCUGUGCCCUUAGUUGCUGUACCAUAUUCAUGACAGUCAUCGAGUAGCCAUCACGAUGUCGCAAACAAAAGGACUCAGUCAGAGCAAGGAAGCGCUGUUGAAAUCCUACACCAAACAACUCAAGGAUGACAUGAAAUCCAUGGUCGACAACUUCACGGAGAUCAUCAAAUCCACGCGCGUUCCGCUCGAAGAUGAGGGCCAGGUACACAGACCGCUGCAGGGAAUACAGGACCACUACGAAAUGACAGUACGAGCUGCAAACAUUGUCCGAGCUGGAGAGUCGUUGAUGAAGUUAAUAUCGGACAUAAAGCAGUACCUCAUCCUAAAUGACUUUCCUUUUGUGAAUGACUCCAUCGCCCAGAACAGCCAGCGCUUCUGUGCUUUUCAAAUGGACUGUGAUCAGCGGUUGAUGGCUCUGCGUGACGACAUGGCUGCCGAACUGUACGAGCUUGAAGAAGAGUAUUAUUCAUCCUGCUAUAAGUAAUAAACAAGUUUCACUCUGCA